AUGGAGAUGAGCAAACAAAGUAUGGAGUCCCAAGCUUCUACGAUCAAAAGGCUCGAGACUACGGUUGGACAACUUUCCGGUGCCUUGAAUCAAAUCCAACAACAACAGCAACCCGGGAAGUUUCAUGGUCAACCUGCUCAGACGCAUCAAGCUCUUGCUGUAAUUGUUCUUCGCAGUGGUAAGUUGGUGGAUAACAAAGUGGAGGUUCCUAAUUUGACCAGCGCAGAGCAGCCGAACUCUACCUUGACCAGCGCAGAGCAGCCGAGAUCUGCUUUCACCAGCGCAGAGCAGCCAAGCUCUACUGUGACCAGAGCAGAACUGCCGAGUUCUGUCCAGCCUAGACCAGAGUUGCCGAGCUUAGCGCUGGCCAGCCCGACUGAUGGAGAGACGACAGAUAAGCAAAAGGAAGGAGAGAAAGAGAAGGAGGUCAAGCUCCACAAAGCUACUGCACCAUAUCGACCACCGAUUCCUUUUCCGAACAGAUUGAGAAACGAGAAGCAGGACCGUCAGUUUGAAGAAUUCUACAACAUGUUGGCCAAGGUAAAUGUGAAUUUGCCUCUUCUUGAUGUGAUCCGAAACGUGCCUGCAUAUGUGAAAUUCUUCAAGGAAUUGGCAUCCAACAAAAGAAGGUUCGGUGACAAUGAGAAGGAAGCCACGGAGUUAGGUAAUUUAAAAUCUACUCGCAUGUGCCUCCAACUUGCUGAUAGGACCGUCAGGUAUCCCCGAGGUAUAGUAGAAGAUAUCCUAGUUAGGGUCGGGGGUUUGAUAGUGCCUGUUGAUUUUGUCGUACUGGAGAUUGGGGAUGUGCACGAGAAUGGUAGAGAUCACACUUUGCUAUUAGGAAGGCCCUGA